UCGGAUAGUUAACUGGAUAAACCAUUCUAUUUGAAAAUGUCUAAUAACACGACAUUUGGUUCCGAAGGCAAUAUAACCGUGCCCGAACAAGAAUCGAAUGUGCCAUGUGGUCCCCCGCCGGGCUGGACAGGACCCCCGCCUCCAGGAGUUUACGCAAAUGCUGCAAAUUCUUUGAUGAAAAUAAUUCCGCCUAUUAUCAUUUUAGUUGGUACGUUUGGAAAUACAUUAACAGUAAUUGUUUUAUUUCGGCAAAUGAGAAAACUGUCUUCUACAGCAAUGUUCCUUUUGGCUUUGGCAUUCUCUGAUAAUUUGUUCCUCUUCAAUGCGCCAUUGAGAAGAUGGAUUAUAGCUGUAUGGAACGAAGAUAUUAGACACCGAAGUGAAAUCGGUUGCAAGUUUUCAGUAUAUCUAACAUAUACCAGCAGUCAGUUUUCAUCGUGGACGUUGGUCGCAGUAACUGUUGAACGAUUAGUUAGUGUGGUUUGGCCGCACAGAGUCAGGCUAGAUUGUACACCGAGAAUCUCUUGCAUAUUUAUAACAGUUAUAUUUUUGAUUGUCUUUGGACUUAACACGCACAUUUUCUAUGGCUUCGGGCAAUCAUCAUUACCAGUGUACAUUGGACAAGGCUUUUGUGAACCUAUCUAUGAGGGUUAUCGUACGUUUUGGACUAAAACGUAUGCUUGGAUCGACUUUACAGUAGUUUAUGCUGUACCCUUUGGUAUACUAGCAGUCGCAAAUUCCGUCAUCGUUUACUAUCUAAGGAAAACAAAUGCCGAAAGGGAAAGGAUGAGUGACAGAUCGAAUACUACGGAAACUAAAAUGGUGACAAUAAUGUUGGUAUUACUGAGCAUUGUUUUCUUUUUAUGCCUGACACCAGUUUCAAUUUAUUUCAUUUAUUUACCAUACUGGGCAGAAGACAAUUUCCAAUGGCUUUGUAUCAAUGUAUAUGAAUAUAUAAGGCUGUCAGAGAUCACUCAUUUCGUGUUUGUGAUUACAAAUUUGCUGGGCUAUGUUAACGCUUCAUUCAAUUUUGUUCUUUAUAUCAUCAGUGGAUCAAAAUAUCGCUCAGAAAUAAAAGCUUUGCUGCUGUGUCGACCUUCUGCAAAAGCAGGAGUGUUCGGAGGCAGCUCCUCUAGUUCUCAGCGUAGAACAAUUUACUCGUCCGUAUCAACUGUUCGAGCGUACAGGGGAAAAUCACAAACAGACGUAGGAAUGGAAGGAGAUGGAGACCAAAAAGGAGAAUGCGAGUGUCCUCCCCUUGGUAGUGCUAACCAUAUAUAAGACAUUACGUAAUAUAAAACUAUAGUAAUGUAAGAUGUGUAUAAAGAUAGAAUGAACAUCAACACCCAAAGCUGGAAUUUAACAACACUGUUCAGACUGAUAGACAUGCCAGACUUAAAGAUGCAACCUUCAGCAAAACCAAGACCGCACAUCCCUGAAGAGAUAUCGAUAGCUCAAAACUUAUUUAAGUAUUAAAAACGAUAUAUAACGACCAUAUUAACGCGUAUAAAUAAUGAAUAACUUACAUACAUGUACAGCGGGCAAAAACCAAUUCAUGUACGUUUCUCAUCAUAUACAUGUAGGAAAAAUAUUGAGCACAAAGUUUUAAAAGUCAUUCCACCAGCGCAAUGAAUGACUUGAAGGUAGUUCUGCAUGUUCGAUAAACCGGAAGUAAUCACAUAUCGUCAUUUAUCCGGAUAACAUAGAGUAAAGCAUUGAGUCGGAAUAUGGAAAUAAAUAUCAUUUUAUGAAUAACAUGCAAGCCAUGAGUAACUUUAUUAAAACGGCAACUUUACUGUCCCUUUAAAGAUGAAAUCUUAUAUUAAACAAGUGACGCAGUGGCAAUACAGAAGUCCCCUACCGGUGGAAAACUCAAAAGUGACAUUGACCUAUGACCGACAACCAUGAGUCAUGUGCGCGACACAUAGUCAUGGGAACAUUUCGUAGUAGUAAUAAAAAUUCCUUCAAUGCAAUUAAAUGUUAUGGAGUGGAAAUAAAUUUUCACUUGAACUUAAACAGUGACCAUGACCUUUAACCGACACGCAUGGAUCAUAUGUUUACACAUUGUCUUAUCACGGGGAACAUUUGUGUGUAGCACUAAGAUAAUCCAUCAAAGCAUAUAAAAAUUAUGGAGCGGACACCUUCCAUCGUGACCUUGACCUUUGACUUACAAGCAUAAAACAUGUACUGUGUAAUCUACAUAUUGCCCUCUAUUCACAUACCAAGUUUUAUGGACCUAACUUGAACACUUUUUGAGUAAUCACAGAAUCCAGAUUUACGGACGGACAGAAGGUCGGAAGGCACUCCUAUAGUCCCCUCCGAUGUUCCACCGGUAGGAGAAUAAAAACGUUAGACAUGUUAAAUAAGUACUAAUUAUGUCUUAAAAUGGUAUUGAAAUGUACGUAUCUCGUUAAUAAUGUGCAAAUAUCUAAAUCAAACAAGCACACGAAUCUACACGUUUUAUUCCAAAGAUUAUAUUGUAGACCAUACAUGUAUGUUUAUUAACGAUUAUGCAGAAAAAUUUCUGUUCGCGAAAAACAUAUCAAAAUUAUGAUUUUUUUUCACAAUUUCCAUUGUUAAAACUUGCGUGAGGCUCAAAUUUUUCGAAUAAGUCUAGCAAAAAAUUAAGAAUGCGACCCUAUAUUUUUACAUUUUCCAAAUGUUCUAAGGAUAUUCUGAAGAGUUGAACAAUUAUGGUUUCAACAAGUAAAAUUUGAUCCAAACGGGCAGAACUACCUUAAUCACGCAAGAUCCUUUAAAAAACAUUUCACAAACAACUGGUUAUAAUUCUUGCUUUUAAUCUGUUUAAAGGUUUCAUGUUUUUUGUGUGUGCGGAUGGUUGCUUUAUUUUGCAAGAUCAAUGUGCAAGUGAGACAUUAUUCCAAUGGUCCCUAGAGUGGUAGUCCAACAUUUUAGGACUUUAGGGUAUCUGAAAUUAUCUUGAUUUUAUGGCCAAAAUAUAUUUAACUUUGUGUUCAGUUCUGACCCAUGAACAAUUUUUACAAUAUGUUUUCCAUAAUCAUGCAAUGUUUUAAAUGGAAAUGUUGUUGUUGUUGUUUUUUUGCUAAUCAUGUUAUCCUGAUAGAGUUAAAACUUUGGAGCUGAGAAAACAACUAGGCAAUACCGUGUGUGUGUUCUCAACUCUUCUUCAGUCACUAGCAUGAAGUGUUUUGGGACAUUACCUUCAUUGUAAGUGUUCACGUGUUUAUGUAUAUAUGCAUGAUGUCGAACAUUUUGUUUGUAGUGUCAGUGGUUUCUAGCUCUAUUAAACUCUAAGUAAACUUACCAGUGUUCGUAUUCUUGAAAGACUAUGCGAAAUGCGGAUCACUUUUUGUAGUAUAAUUAUUUGUAAGUCAUACAGUCGACAUAGGGUAAAGGUUUGAAGAUGGCUCUAUUACCAUAUUGGUUCAGCUGUAACAGAUCACCAAAUGCUAGAAUCUGUAAAUGUAAAAAGGGAAUACAUAGUAUUUUGGAAGGAUGUCUUGAAGAGUCAAAGGUAAAUUACACAUUUUUUUUUUUGCUCCAAAUACAGGCAUUUCAUCAACAAUUGUAUAAUUGUUUUAUAUUUCCUAAACAAACAUUUGUUUUGACCUUUCUUUGUCCGGUAGGUCCAUAACUUAAAAGUGUGUAGGACUUGUAUUUGUAUUUCAUUGCUCUUAUAUAUACUGUAUUAAUUUAGAUAUAUGUGCCCAAAUUCUUGUGGUGUUUGCUUCGUACAAAACGAUAUAUGGAUAUACACCGCUAUAAAAAUGGUCUGGGAUGCUAGGUUCUUAAAACGUAGUUAUACUUACUGCGUCUUUGUCUUUGAUCCUUGUUUUCAUACCGGGAAAGGUUAAAAUUAAAAUGUCCGCUUCCCGCUUC